CAAAACCAAAACCUCUUAACCUCUCAGCUCACAGAUACAUAUAAUAUUUCCGAUUCUAGUCACCAAAUUCCCCAAUCAUUAUUCUCUUACUUUUUUGUUUUUUGCAACCAAAAAGAACUAGAGAAGAAGAAGAAAAAGUGAUAUGCAUAGGUCUGGUGCAGCAAUGGCGUGGAACGUGUUCAAGUUCUGUACGGCUUUGCGUGGACUCGGGUCAAUCAUGAUCUUGAUGGUUCUCGCCAUUGUGGGUCUCUCUUAUUACACUAUCGUCAUAGCCAAUUACGGCCCUGCUCUCUUCCACGGUGCUCUUCUCGAUUCCCUCUUCGCUCUCGCUGUUUUGCUCUUAUUCCAUUCCUUGUUGGUGAUGCUAUUAUGGAGCUACUUUUCUGUUGUUCUAACGGAACCGGGUGGCGUUCCACCAAACUGGACACCUGAUAUGGACGAAGAGAAAGGAGACAUGGAUCCAUUGGUGGCUUCAGACUACAAUGGACCAGGUUUAGGCACAAACCCGUCAACUAUAGACCCAGCAAAUCCGAGAAUACGGUUUUGUCGAAAGUGCAACCAAUUUAAACCACCGCGUUGCCAUCACUGUUCUGUUUGUGGGAGGUGUAUUUUGAAAAUGGACCAUCAUUGUGUUUGGGUCGUCAAUUGUGUUGGGGCGUUGAACUACAAGUACUUCUGUCUUUUCCUGUUUUACACAUUUCUUGAGACAACUCUUGUCACUUUGUCAUUGUUGCGGUAUUUUGUUGGAUUUUUCACUGAUGGUGAGAUAAUUGGAGCACCAGGCACUCUUGCAGCGACUUUUAUCACAUUCAUUUUGAAUUUAUCGUUUGCACUGAGUGUAUUGGGCUUUCUGAUUAUGCACGUAUCAUUGAUGUCGUCAAAUACCACCACAAUUGAGGCAUAUGAGAAGAAAACCAAUCCUAGAUGGCGUUUUGACCUUGGAUGGAAGAAAAAUUUUGAACAGGUUUUUGGGAUGGAUAGGAAGUACUGGUUAAUCCCUGCAUAUUCAGAAGAGGAUCUAAGACGGAUGCCAGCACUUCAGGGUCUUGAAUAUCCAACAAAGCCUGACUUGGAUGAGCAGCAGUUCUAGUGAUAGAUGAGAACGCCAGGAGAUCAGGUUGAUGUUUCUUUUACCAAAUGGGGUCCCUGCAACUGAAAAGCAUGGAUAUCAUUCUUAGCCAUAUGGGUUGAACUUUAUGCACAAUGACAUCCACAAUGUAAUCAUCAUCAGGGGAUAAGCUUCAGCCUUGUAUCCAUUUUACUUGGCUCUUUUGAAGGAGUUGAAUCUGUGAGCCUGGAGGUUGAAUGUCUGUCGAGGUAAUUUCUUAUGUUCACGGUUAGUUUAUACCUGUUGGAAGUGUGGAGGACUCGCAACUUCAUUUUGGUGUAUUGAAUAUGUAUAUGUCAUCAUAAUCAUCUUUCUGAUCAUUUAUACGAUAAAUAUCAUACAGUCAAGCAUGCAAGAAAUGGUUUUAAUUGUGAUA